GGUUUUUUCCCUUUUAAUAUCUCUUUUUUACUUUUUUCACUUUUCAUAAGUCCAAAAAAAAUGUAUUCACCACAACGUAACAAAUUAUCAUCUCCCAAUAAUACAACGUCUCGACAUAUAGCAAAAACUACGACAACGAGUCCCCUCAGAAAUAACCGCUUUAAACGCACUUCCGCUACUUCUUUGGCGUCAGCAGCAGCAUCUCUAAAACGACCUCAAGCAGAUUUCGAAUCUAAUCAGUAUGGUGAGGAAGACAACAUGACAAUCAACAAAAAACGGAUGAGACUAUCAGCCACGUCGAAAAGACCUGCCUCUACGUUACCAAACGAGACAUCAGCUAAUCUUCGUCUUGCUGGUUAUCGAACCACUACGCCAAUAGCUGCCGUCAAAGAACCCUCUGCCAUGAAUCAGAAACCCAUCUAUAAUACCAACGCGACCAUGACCACCCCACAACUUUUAGAAGGCCAUAGAAGCAGACAACAAUUAUCUAUGGGUAAUGCACCAGCCCAACACAAGCCAUGCACUACAGCAAACACAUCAUGGAAUAACAACUAUGCCAUGCUGAGUUCAAUACAGCCCUUUGAUCAAAAGAUACGUGUGUGUGUACGAAAACGUCCGUUGAAUAAGCAAGAAAUACUCUCAAAGGAGUUAGAUGUGGCUCCAUUGGUGAGUGCAAGAACCUUGGAAAUUCAUGCGCCAAAACAAAAAGUAGAUUUGACCAAGUACACUGAACAACAUAGCUUUACUUUUGAUGACGUGUUUGAUAGCGAUGCUUCCAAUAGAUAUAUAUACGAGCGAACCACGCAACCUUUAGUGUAUCAUAUGUUUCAGGGAGGGAAAGCCACUUGUUUUGCCUACGGUCAAACGGGCUCAGGCAAGACUUACACUAUGCUACAUUCAAACCAUGGUCUUUAUUUUCAAGCGAUCGAGGACAUAUUUCAUUUACUGAAUCAACCGGAAUAUGCUCAUUUACAAGCCUCUGCCGGCUACUACGAAAUCUACCAAGGUCAAUUGCACGACCUUUUGAACAAACGUAAACGACUGAUACCUCGAGAAGAUGGCAAAGGCAACAUCAUCGUCUCUGGCCUUACCGAGCAUCGUAUCCGUUCCUCGACCACGAUGAAGCAAGUAUUCGACCAUGGCAAUAAAGAGCGCACGACGUGUAAGACCAUGACCAAUGAAAAUUCAUCGCGAUCGCAUGCCGUAUUACAAAUCCUCUUGAAACAUCAAAAUGGUCAAGUGUAUGGCAAGUUAAAUUUCAUUGAUCUUGCCGGUAGUGAGCGAGGCACCGAUCGUGGCCGCAACCCAGACAUGAAGACACGGAUGGAAGGGGCGGAAAUUAACCGUAGUCUGUUGGCUUUGAAAGAAUGUAUCCGGGCACUUGAUCAGGAUAAAAAGCAUGCUCCUUUUCGAGGCAGUAAACUGACCAUGGUACUGCGUGAUUCGUUUGUGGGAAAUUCAAAGACAUGUAUGAUAGCCACCAUCUCGCCUAAUCAUUCCAAUAGUGAUCAUACCUUGAAUACUCUCAGAUAUGCUGACAGAGUGAAAGAAUUAAGGGGUGAAUCGGAUCCGAGACUCGUUGAAAAUCAAGCCGCCAUUCUUCAGAACAAACGAGAUAGUACAACCAUCACUACAGUGCCCAACAGUGAACAGAGGAUGGUCUACAAUCAUUCUCCAGCGAACUACAGCAUGCCCAACACAAGGACAUCACCGAUGAACAAUAACACAACUACACACAGGCCAUCCGAUAGCUCAUCGUCCCUAUUACCAACAACACCACCUCAACGACUCACCAAAGAUCAUAUCAAGGCAUUCAUUCAUGAACACAAACUCCAAAUGGAAGCAGUCGAAACGUAUCUACGAGAUUCAAAUACACUCAUAGAAGAUCUGGAAUACACCAUGGAGCAUCUGCUUCCUAUCGGUGGCGAUAUUGUCAAUCAGUUACUUGAAGAGAGAUAUCGAGAUUAUAGAAAUGAUUUACUUCAUAAAGGAGAACGCGUUGAACAUUCUCUCAACAAUCUCAAAGCCAAGAUUGAAGAAGACUUAGCGGAUGAAGACGAAUAUGAUGACAAUACCUGAAUUUAACUUGCUCUCAUUUUGCAAUGCAUCGUUUUGCUAUCAUUUCUGACGGAUAUGCAAAACAGUUUAAACUACAACUUACUAUUACUACUACUACCACUACUACUAUUACUAUUCCUUUUUAUUACUAUCGUUCAAACCUUUCGAGAUACCCAUCAUUUUUAUUUCAUUC